AUGCUGAAUCCACCCCCGCGAAUAUUUUUCAACUCGACUAGCUCCACUGGCGUCAAAAGAUCGCACCCCGUCGAUGAACCUACAUCUACCACCAUUGAGCCUUCGUUUCCGCCGUCGCAACGCCCGAGUGCUCCAGUUCCCAGUCAACAUAACAAAUCCUCUGCGCCUGCCAUGACCUCCUUCCCACCAGGUGCUGCUGGUGCUGGUGGAGGAGGAGGCGGCCAGAGCAGUCUAGCUGCCUCGUCUUUUCGAAACGUCUCCGCUUGCAACCGCUGUCGUCUACGCAAGAACCGCUGUGACCAACGUCUCCCGCGGUGCCAAGCAUGUGAGAAAGCGAAUGUGAAAUGCGUUGGCUACGACCCGAUAACAAAGAGAGAGAUUCCCCGGAGCUAUGUAUAUUUUCUUGAAGCUCGCGUGACCUACCUGGAACGGCUGUUGUUAAAAAAUGGAAUCGAGUUCAAACCGUCUGCGGCUUUUGAUGGCGAGACUGAGGAGGCUGGUACAAAUCAAGAGUCUGAGCAAGACGCAGAGCACGAUGCACCCGCCAACUUGAAAGCAGAGCCAAAGAGCGAGAAUCUGGCAGCCGAUACCCGGCGUGAUGCGGACGCGCCUCCUAACCCUAAGGAGCACCUAGAUCAGCUAGUGUCGAAUAUUGGAAUGGUAUCGGUGCAAGGCAUGUCAGAUUCGCGAUAUCUCGGAUCUACGUCCGGAAUUUCGUUUGCCAGGCUGGUUUUCGCUGCGGUGAAAAGCUCUGUGAACACGAAUGGCUCUGAAAACAGCUCUGCUCGCUCCAGUGAGCGCAGACCGUCUGGGUCAACUGGAAGUACAAUGCGAGACUCCUUCUUUGGCCUGCAGUCUCGUCCUACCAUGAAACAAGCCGCAUUUCCAGAACGAGAACUUGCUGACAAGCUGGUCGGACUCUACUUUGAACACGCCAAUCCUCAAAUGCCUAUUUUACACCGAGGGGAGUUUAUGGAACUCCUGGACCGAGUCUAUACCACUGAGGAACUAGCAAGGUCCCCUCGAGAUUUGUAUCUUGUGAGCAUAGUUUUUGCCAUUGGAGCCGGCAUCAUCUUUGAAGGAAGACGGUCUGCCGAAGAUGAAAAUGACAUGAACAACCAAGGCGCAGCUUCACCGACUAGAUCUUCCAAGAAACAAAAACUUUCUGGUUUUCAAUUCCAGCCGGAGGAGUACCAUGCGUCUGCCGUGGUACAUUUAGAGCAUUUUCUUAGCUCUUCGCAUCUCACCGAUGCUUACGGCGGUGGUUUAGACGAACUCCAGGCCGUUCUUCUUCUAGCUAGCUUUGCGCUUUUACGACCAGUUGCUCCUGGCCUCUGGUAUAUCGUCGGUGUUGCAGUCCGUCUCGCCAUCGAUCUGGGUCUGCACCACGAGGACGGGACUGGAAUAGACUCCAUUGGCGAAGAAGAUGCACCAGAUUUGAACGAGCAAAUCAGUGCUGAGCGUGGCCGGCUUCAGUGGGCUCGUGAUCACCGUAGACGGCUCUGGUGGUGCGUGUACAGCUUUGAUCGACUGGUCAGCACCUGCGUCGGUCGUCCUUUUGGUAUUACAGAUCAAGUCAUCACGACUGAAUUCCCAUCCAUCUUGGGGGAUGUCUUUAUCACGAAAACGGGCUUUCGCCCACCCAAAACAGAUACCCCCAGUUAUAAGCAUGUCUCGUAUCAUUACUUCAAGCUGCGACUCUUGCAGUCGGAGAUCCAAGAAGUUCUCCAGUUUCAGCAGGCUCGCUUUGUCCGGCGAUCUGGGAAGAACAGCAGAAACCAGUUUAUGCACACUACACUCCCGUCUCCUUUCCUUGAUCGUUUUGACUCGUUCCGAUCAUGGCGUCGAGAUGUGCAUCGACGAUUGUUGGAAUGGAAGGAUGGUUCGCCGACGAAGAAGGAAAACGGCGUGCAAUUCUCUACGGAGCUUUUCGAGCUCAAUUUCUACCAAGCUUUGAUCAUGCUGUAUAGACAAAGUCUUACAGUUCCUGCUGCAUUAGCUAGUGAACUGAAUCCGACAGAGGAUGUAUCGAGUCCGCCAUCCUUCGAUAUUGAUGAUAGGGAAGAUGAAGACGAUAUCUAUCUUCAAAUCGCCGAAGCCGGCCAGAAAGUUAUCAAGAUCUACCGGCAAUUGCAUCGUGUCCGACUUGUCAACUAUACGUAUCUCACGACACACCAUUUGUUCAUGGCCGGCAUAUCAUUUCUUUACGCAAUAUGGCACUCGCCUGCUGUACGCAGUCGUCUGACCUUGGACGAUGUCGACUUUACAGUGCUUGCAGCAACUUCGAUCUUGUCAGACUUGAUGGAGGUAUGCCCGCCGGCGGAAACUUGCCGAGAUGCCUUUGAGCGCAUGAGCAGAGCGACUGUCCGCAUGGGUUCAUCCAAGGGCUUUGCAUCCCAAACCAUUGGCGGUGGCUCUCUCACGUCUUCAACUCGGCAAUUUCCGCUGUCUCCUCAUGGGAAACAUGGCUCUGCUUCGCGCGGUGAAGGUAGACAAAAAACACACGCACAAUCGGGUCAACGAUCCCAACGCAACCCGAGACCACCUCCACAAUUUGACAUGAAUCUCAGUGACUUUUACCAAAGUCCUCCGAACGUGCAAAACCAAUCUUCCAAUAAACAACAGCAACAACAACCAUAUCCGCCAUCACAAUCAGCCGCAGCACAAUCCGAUCCAUCUCGGGACAAUUUCCAAGCCAGUCCCCAGUUUACGCAAGCAUAUCCAAACUAUGAUCAAUCACCGCCUCACCAACAGCAACAGCAACGGCAAUUUUACUUUGACCAAUCUCCUCAAAGCGUGACAUCUGUUGCCGGUGCACCCCAGGCAUUCACACCCCCUGCGCCAUCCGAACCACCACAACAACAACAACAGAGCCUGGGCGAUCUCAGUUUGGAUUUCCUCGACUUUGUGCCCAUGAACCAAGGGCCAGGUGCCAACAAUGCCGACCAGAACACGUUCAACCCGAUGGGUGUACCGUCUUUUAACCCGGACAACCAAGGAAAUGGAGUGAAUAUGGGAUUUGGAAUGGAGGCCGAUUACAUGCGUGACCUGACGACUGACGGUUCCGGUUACGAUUUGAUGGAUGGAUACUGGUUUGGCAUGUCUGGAGGAGGUUCUGGAAUUUAG